GGGUUGUAGGUUUACGCCAGCAGAGAAACGCAGGACUUUUUAGCGCUGUUGAUCGAGGGUGAGUUCAGUCCCGAGUAGUCUCUGGACAACUCUCUAGUUUUAGUCCACCCGACAAGUACCACGAUAGACCCAAGUAAAACUAUCACCGAGGUCUUAAAACUACCAGGAAGAAUAAAUUAUAAAAUCACCGUUAAAUAUAAUUAUUUAUCAGUGGUAGUCAGAAGUUGGUGUAAUUUGAGUUUGGGUAGUAAUAGAGCAGGGCAAGAUUGUGGGGGUUGUGAUUGUCGGUUGGGGUGUUGGACAGAGACGCUGGCACUCUCUGGUAGAGGACCCCUGAGCCAGCGGCUGGUCACCGCUGAAGAAGGAGCCGGAGCCAGGAUUUGGGUUGGCCGGAGAGCGAUCGGGGCUCCCAGGACUCAAAGAUGGUCAUGAUGGCUGGCAUGGACGAGCACGAGAGAAAAGUCGUCAUGGAGUUUUGUCAUCUGCUCGAAAAGAGCAAGCAGCUGUUCAACGGGCUGCGCGACCUACCCCAGUACGGGCACAAGCAGUGGCAAGCGUACUUUGGUCGGACUUUUGACAUCUACACCAAGCUUUGGAAGUUCCAACAGCAGCACAGAGCAAUAUUGGACACAAAGUACGGACUGAAGAGAUGGCAAAUAGGAGAAAUCGCGAGCAAAAUUGGACAGCUGUACUAUCAUUACUACUUGAGGACAAGCGAGACCUCGUACUUGCACGAGGCGUACUCGUUUUACGCGGCGAUUCGCGGACGGGCUUACUACAGUCGAGCGGCCAAGGAGGACCGGAGCGACCUAAUGGUGAAGAAGCUCCGGUACUACGCGAGGUUCAUCGUCGUGUGUCUGCUGCUGAACAAGAUGAAGCUGGUGCGCGAGCUGGUCCAGGAGCUGGACGCCCAGAUCGCGGACUACGCGAGCACCUACGAGCCGGAGGACCAGGUCGAGUGGAACCUGGUCCUCGACGAGAUAAAGGGGUUCGUUAAGGCAGAGUCAGCGGUGGGGGUCCUCUACGCAGACUCGAACCCGGUGGUCCUGACGCACCGGCUGGGCCCGCUAACGUCGCCCCCGAUCGAGCGAUCGUCACCCAUGUGCCUCUCCCUCCAGGAGAUUCUGAUUGUCGGAAACUGCGCCGACCAGGUCAAGUUCAGCGAACUCUCCGUGGACAUGUUCAGAAUGCUCCAGACUCUCGAGCGGGAGCCUCGCGAUGAUCCUACGCACAUUCACGACGCCUCUCCUGCGGGCCGACUGCCCUUCCGACCUGGGCCCUAUCCUGGUCCAGAAAACGGGAUGCCCAGAAGGGAUAAUCCUCACAAGUACCUGCUUUAUAAGCCGACCUACAGCCAGGUUCAGGUUUUCCUCGCCAGUGGCUUCAAGGAGUUGCCGGCUAAUGGAGCGCUUUUGCUUUAUUUGUCUGCUGAUGGAUGCUUUUCUACUGUUAAACAUCCCGAAGAGAUGGGUUACGACCUGGGAGGCGUGUCAACGAGCAGCAAGCGUGAUCCGGAACACGGAAAGAGGCCUAGCGGUGGUAAGGAGCCCCACUGCCUCUACCCCGGCGACCUGUACCCGUUCACGAGGAAGCCGCUGUUCGUGGUAGUCGACUCGGACAACAGCUACGUGUUCCAGCAGAUUCCGAGAUACUUCGGGCAGCCGCUCAUGGUGCUGAUGUCACCCCAGGAAACGCCCUCGACCCUCCGGGACCUGCGCCACGGAGGGAGUCUCUUCACCCUGUUUCUUCACUCUCCUCUCGCCGCCUUCUGCCUUAUAUGCAACGUCGGUAGCCUUGCCGUUCAUCACUGGGAACGCUGCCAGAGCUACGUCGAAAGAUUCCUCGUUGAGGCCAGCCGACUCGUUAUUCGUUCCAGAUGUGAAAGCAGCAUACUUCAAUUUUUCGGUGACGACUUUCUUCGACUGCUGGUAGUGCGGUACGUGUUCUGCGAUGUGGUGCUGCACCUGCACAGAUCUUUCCGCGGACGUCACCAGCGGCCUUGCUGCCAUCCGCAGCUUCCGGAGGCGGACGUUCUCCAGCAUCCGACUCUCCAACACAUAGUUCUGGACCUGGCCGGGUGUCUCGAUGCUCGCGAUCACUUUUUGGACAGCAAUGAACUAGCCUGACCCCGGCGUGAUCCAUCUCGGCUGGAUCGUGAAUACGACACAUCCCCAGUGUACACUAAUUAUCACAAUUACGACUACAAUUACGACGAUUACAAUUACAAUAAUAAAAUCGUUACAUUGAGACCUCAUUAAACCGCGUCUCGCACUUGAUUAUAAAUAUCUUUACAUGCAUACAUACAUACAUAUAUAUACAUAUACAUAUCUUCACAUAUAUAUAUAUUAUAUAUAUGUAUAUAUAUACCAUUCAUUAUCUUCUAUUUAACUGUACGAAGUUUAUUUCUUUUUUUUUUUUUUUUUUUUUUUUCACAAAAAUUUCAAAGAUUUAUUUUUUUCUUUUUUUUUUUCUUCGCUUUAUUUAAAAGUGUUUAAGCUUUUAUUUAUCCCGAAUUAUCAAGAUACUCGUAAAAAAAUAAUAAUAAUAAUGAACAAACGUUUUUAUACUUGAAAAUACACGUUAAUAGAUUAGGAUUAAAUGCUAUUUUUCGAAGAAAAAAAACUUUUUAAAAAUCAAAGAGUAUCGCUUAAUAUUUAUUACUAAUUAACUAUCAACUAUUUAUUAUUAAUUAAUUAUUAAAAGAGAAAAAUUUUAUUAGUUUACGGCGGAUCCAAUUUACCGUAUUAAAAACACUGUAAAUUAUGACAAUAUUUAAAUAAAUUAAACAGUGUUUGAUUUUUAAUUAUAAAAUACAAUAAACAAUUGGUUCGAUAGACCGUAUUUUUAACAAUAAAAAUUAAUGGUAAUAUUGUAGGCGAUAAAAUAUUGUUAAAUGAAAAUUUUUAAAGGCACUAAACCGUAUUUUUGGUAUGUUUAAAUACAUUAGAAUGUAUCUUUGUUAAAUUCAAUUGUAUUAUUACGUACUUUACGGUAUUAAACCAAAAAUACGUCAACAAUACCGUUUCUGUGGUAUUUUAUCGUAAAUUAUUCAAGACAAUACUGAAAAAAAAACACAUAAAUUUACGAUAAUUAAAUAUAGUACCGUAUUUUUACAUUACAGUUCGAUAAUUUAACAAAAAAAAAUAAUAGAAAAAAAUAGACUAGUUAAAAGUUUACUGAAAAAUAAUCUUACAACACUGUCGUAUUACCAAAAAAAAAAAUACGGUAAAUUCUUAAAAUUUUAACUAAUAUUAAAAAAAAAAAAAAAAAAAAAAAAAAAAAAAAAAAAAAUUUUAUAUUGUAAUUUGGAUCCGCCAGAGAGUUUAGAAUUAAAAAACUCGAGGCGCGGAUCGAUUCAGUCGUCUGCCUCGAGAGAAAAGUGAUCCUCCCUCGUCUUAUCUCGCUCUUAAAAAAAUUUUCGUUACACUUUAUUAGCAUUAAAAAACAAUAAAAAUAAUUACUAAUACCAAAAGUUGUACUAAAGUUAAAAGAAAAAAAAAAAAAAUUAAACUAUUUUUUACACUUAACCUUGAAGUUAAUUAGCUUAGAGCGUUUGAAGAACUUUUUAUACAUCAACAAAAUAAAGAAUAAAGAAUAAAAAAUAAUAAAAAAGAUAUUUUGGUACGGUAACGAAAAUUUUUGAAAUUAUAAAGUCACCAGUGAUGAGUGCUUUGACCCUGCUCGAGUAUAAAUUCGGUUGGCAUAAGUGCAAGAAUGGAUUUACACCGGUCGAUGCUCGGAGUGGAUAGGAGUGGAUGGGAGUCUCGUGGUGGUUACAGGCAUAUAGCAAUAGCAACAGCAGGGUGAAAAAGGACAUGACGGUUUUUAAAAGCGGCUGCAAGGGAGAAAGAUGCUGCUACUGCUGCUGCAAAAUCGGAUACCUGCGCCAGCGCAGAUACGUACCGGCGUUUACUUGCCUCGAUAACAGCCUUAGCUCCGACAACAAACUGCUAUCCACUGCUCUAAAACCUAGAGUAUCUAAUGUUAUAAUUAUAAUGGUUUAAUGCUAAUAAAUAUAAUAUUAAUAUUAUUAUUAUUAUUAUUAUUAUAAGUUAAGAUAAAGAUAAUCUAAGUGAGUAAGUAAGAGCUAAUAUAAACUAGCCCGAGUAAACCGACUGACUGCCUAUAAAUAAUCACGCUGAUAUAUAUAUAUAUAAAUAUAUAAUUGUAUACAAGUACACAAUUGCGUGAACAAGUGACGGUGGUGGAAGACGUUAAAGAGGUGGCAGCUAAUCGGACAAACCAAACUCAAACCUGGGUGGAAGCUUCUUUAGCUCUCCUCUCCGAGCUCUCGGAGGUGGAGGGCAUUCUGCUGAUGGUGCACGUUAUCAGUUUGGGAGUAGGUUAAAGUGUCCAGAACCCAAAAUUAUAAAUUGUAAAUUUAAAAAAAAAUAUCAAGACCAAGAAGAAGAAGAAGAAGAA